GAGAUUCUGAUGGCCGAACUGAGAGUUGAAACCGAUCCUCCCGAAUGGGGCGCCCCACAUUAGGCGUAGUUAACAUCUGUCUGCAUGCUACUCGAAACCCAAAUUUUCUAAACAAGACAAAGGAAUGUGUUUUUAAGAUCCUGGCGUCAGAGAUAACUUACCAUAGAGAAACAAAUCAAGGAGUGGUAGCGAGAAGUUGUCACAGCUACUGCGAAGGCGGCGAUACGAAAAAUGGAUUCAGAGCGGGAGCUGUAUGAAGCUUUAAAGGAAAACUUGGAAUCAUCGGGAAGCCUGCGCAAAGUGAGAGCCGAAGUAAAAUCAGAAAUAAUGAAAGUUUUCGACACUAAUCCGCAGCCACGGGAUAAACCAGAAUUGCCCGAAAGUCUACUACUUAUUAACAGUUUAAUUCAAGAAUACUUGGAAUGGAAUGGGUACAUGUAUACGUCCCAGAUUUUAGCCGAAGAGUCCGGAAUGACAAGCAAGACAUACAGUAGGCAGAGUAUGCAGAAAGAACUACAGGUUUCAGAAGACGAAAAUACUCGAAAACUGAGGCACCAUAUUGACGAUUUAUACUGCAUACAAGAAAAGAGGAAAAGGCUCAUCCACUUAGUUGUGACACAGUUGAAAGUGUGUGUCGAGUGAUAGCACAGACAGGCAUUGAAAGAAGACUGUGAUGAAAAAUAAGAAGAUAACAGCUGCAGAAGUCACUGCAGAACUGAAUGUUGCACUCACAAACUCACUCUGUCAGCACCAAAACAGCAUAAAGGGAACUCCAUAAGCAGAGAACUGCAGGGCAAGCUGGAAUUACAAAGCCAUUCAUCGGUGAUAAAAAUGCCUGUAACAGGAAUACAUGGUACUGGAGCCAUAAAACCUGGACUAUGGAGCAAUAGAUUAUCACCAUUUGGUCUUAUUUCACACUGUUUUUGACGUACGGGAAAGUAUACAUCCCAAGAAUGGAACAUGACAGGUGCUCUGUGAAGAUUUGGGCAGCCAUAUUGUGGUAUUCCAUGGGCCCCAGCUUACUUUACAAGGCACAUUACUGCUAAGGAUUAUGUGACCAUUUUGGCUGUUCAGGUGCAUCACAUGGUACAAUGUUUGUUCCCAGAUGGCCUUGCUAUCCUCCAAAAAGACAGGGCCUCUGUUCAAACAGCUAUCAUCUUCCAGGACUGAUUUUGUGAGCACAAGGAUGAGUUGUCACAUGUGCCCUGGCUGUCACUGUCACCAGAUCUCAAUGUUAUUAAGCGUUUAUGGUCUCCUUUGGGGAGAGAGAGAGA